AUGGAACUUAUCCUGAUUAAAAUGAGCUAGUAUGCUAAUAAUGUGAUUUCUCUUGUUCAAAAUGCUUAGGUCCUAACAAAAACUAAUGUACUAGUUGCUAAUUUUUAACUUAUUUAUUUCAAAACACUUGUGUACUUACUUGCCCUUAGAAAACAUUUGCUGAUGAGCAAUCUAAAAUGUGCUAACCCUGUCCUUAAGGGUGCAGCUUAUGCAAUAGUGCUAAUUUUUGUAGUUAAUGUGAUAUUGGAUUUAAUAAAUUAGGAAAUAUCUGCAUAAGUACAAAUUGCACUUAUCCUUGUGCAACAUGUAGCUCUGGUCCCUAGAAUUGUUAGAGUUGCUUAGAUAACCUAUAUUUUUUUAAGAAUAAUUGUUUUUCUAAUUGUCCAAUAGGCUUUUUUAAAAACAAUUCAACUCUAUCUUGCUCUAGUUGUUCUGUUGGAUGUAUUUCUUGUUUAGAUGCGUCUACAUGUAUUAAAUGUGACACUUAAAACAAUUAUAGACUAUAAGGAAGUAGCUGCACACAAUGCAUUUUUCCUUGUGCGACCUGCUCAUAAAAUGACUUAACUUAUUGUUUGUCAUGUGAAAAUAAUAAUUAUUUAUUUAAUAACACUUGCACAGAAGCUUGCCCAAGUAAUUUUUAUAAAGGAAAUAAUUUGGUUUGUUCUUAAUGCUAAAGUGGAUGUUAAACAUGUUUGA